CCAGCACACUGGUGGCAAUGGGAUACAUUGUGUGUGGAGCUAAAACCACAGAGAUAAUGCAAUUCAAUGCCAUAGAGUUCAGUAAGGCAGUGCUCUGGCUGGGCCAGCUGGCGCUGUCCUGCUCAGAGGAGCAACUGUUGGCUCUUGCUGGGCUGCUGACCAACAGCCUUGCUUUUGGAACCAUAAGCUCAUGGGGAACUGAGGUCUUCAUUGAGAUUGGUGUUCUGGCAGCUGGUCUCCCAGACAUGGCCAUGUCAGCUUUGGUGAAAGAGCAAAUCGAAGGAAUCACACCAGCGGCUAUCUCAAUGAUACCACCUGCAAAGUUUAGUGUGGUGUUUCACCAGAGACAGAUCAGCAUGUUCUCCUAUGAGCAAGCUUCUGCAGUAACUGGUGAACAGGUCUCUGCUCUGUCAGAUAUCCAGAGGACAGCACUGGCUAUGGUGUUGACGCCCUGGGAGGACAGGACUGUGGACUUCAGAGGAAAGUCAUUGGGGCUAGCACUGGGCUACAGUCCUACCUGUCUCAUCUUGGGACUGCUGCUGCUGAUCGUCCUGCCCCAUUGACUUGCACUGGCCUGGCACAUGACCCCACUCACCUCUGAUGCAUUAGGAGACACCUCCUCACCCAUAUAACCAAGAUAAUCUCAUUUAUUUGUGCAAUACCAAACCCCUUUGAAAUAAGCAGCACUUCAGGAUUUCUAUAUACUUUCUUUAAGAACAUUCAACAUUCAGCAAGGAACCAAAUACAAUGUUUAAUUCAAAAAAGAGAAAACAAUAAUACAUUUUCACAAGAUAAACAGUAUAUGCAGGAAGUCUAAU